GUAGAUGAGCAAUUCAAAGGGCAGACAAGGCUACCAAAAUUGGCCAUCCCCAAAAGAUAUGAUCUUCAUCUGAAGCCAGAUCUCUCUGCUUCUACUUUUCUCCUUUAUUAAUUUGUACAGUUCUUUCACUAACAAAUUUUGACAGUACUUAUUCGGAUGGAGAGGAGAAGAAGAACAUGGCGGUUACUCAGUUUGAAGCUGUAGAUGCAAGGCGAUGUUUUCCAUGUUGGGAUGAACCUGCUCUAAAGGCCACCUUUAAAAUAAAAGUGGAUGCACCACAAGAGCUCACAGUAUUGUCCAAUAUGCCAAUAAUGGAUGAAAAGCUUAAUGGAAAGAUUAAGACUGUAAUAUUUGAGUCUCCUCUCAUGUCAACCUAUCCAGUUGGUGUUGUUAUUGGUCUAUUUGAUUACACUGAAGACACAUCAGCUCGUGGGGUUAGAGUUCGUGUAUAUUGUCCUGUUGGGAAGAGUGAUAAAGGGCAGUUUGCUUUAGAUAAUGCUGUCAAGGCACUUGACCUAUACACCAAAAAACUAGGUUGGAAAUCAGUAGCUGGAGAGAGCCACUUCGAUACACUAUUGAGGGGGGAAGUGUUAAAGGCAUUGGUGAUAUUUGGGCAUGAAGAGACUCAUAGAGAGGUUUCACUCCUUUUUCAAUGAUAGAAACACUCAACUUUUAUCAGCUGACACAAAAGCAGCUCUUAUAUUGCGGUUAUGAGGGAUUGUAGUGCCUCGGACAGAAAAGGAUAAGAAUGAAUCCCUUUUGAGCAUUUUCAAAUUCACUAAUAAGGUUUAAGUGUCUUGAUUAGUGUGCAUGAAGGACAUAAUAUGAAUUAUGUGUGAUUUAAAUGAGUAAAAUGCAUGAUUAUGUGAAAAGCAUGUUUAUAUGGUUAUUUGUAUAUUUAUGAUGCAUGACUAGGUGUAUUAGUAUGCAUGCAUGCCCUGAUUAGGAUAGAAAUGACAUUUUUCGUAAUUGUGGUCCGUCGAGGACAUAAAUGUUAAUAAUUGUGAUAAAUUGAUAAGACCACAUUAUUAUGUAGAUAUAUUUAUAAUCGAUGAUUCAAGAUGAUCUUUGUGAGCGAGUUAGCGGAAAAGUCACGGCGGGGAUUUAUACUCGGCUCGGGGCGAGCCUAGGGGUAUAAAUGGGAAUUCAGAGAAUAUAUUGGGGUUAAUUUUGAUAAUGAGGGGUAUAAUUGGUGAUUAAUUAGGUGUCGGGAAGUAAGCAGAAAAUAUUAGAGACACUCGAGGAAUUAGCGGGAAUUGGGUAGAAUGACUAAAAUGCCCCUUAGUGGAUUAACGGAUUUAGAAUUAAAAGGGAGGGCAUUAUGGUCAUUUGGCUUGCAAGAGAUAAGUAUGCUGAGGCUUUAUACUUAGUGGGAAUUGUAGAAAAAGGUAGAAGGCUGAGGAAAGAAAGAAAAGAAGGAAAAGAAAGAAAAAGAAAAUGAAGGAAAACAGAGCAGUUUUCUUAGGGUCGGUUGGUGAUUCUCUCACCCUUUCUCUUCAAUUUUCUUGGAGCAAAACUCAGAGGGGAGCUAGGUUAGGCUGAGCAACAAGAGUAUUGAGCUAAACUUGAAAGGUUGGCAAGGGAUUAGCAAGAACACAUCAAUAUUUGAGGUAAGCCUUUAGAGUUUUCAGUUUCUGGUUUGGUUAGUUUAAACUAUGGUGUCUAAGCUGAGUUGAUGGGAACUUUAGGGGAAUUCAAGCCAAGGAAUUGGGGAAGAACAAGCUAAGGAGGUCAAGAAGUUAACUUGAAAUCGAAUUUCCAUCAAAGGUUCGCGCUAGUGCUCGGGAAGGAUCGUGCUUGAGGAUUUCAUUGAACAAAGCUAGCAAAUUCAAAGGUAAGAAAACUGCACCUGGUUAUAUGUUUGUGAUGGGACUAAGAGCUCCCGAUAUCUGUAUAAUGUCAAUGAUGGUAUAAUGCCAUGGGACAUGUGAUAGCGGCCUAAGGGUUACGUACACAACACUUGCGUACAGGGCGCGGCUUGGCCAAUGGUAGCCGGGGACAGCUUAAUAUUCACUGAGCUCGGUUUAAGCGGGCCGGAGUCAGUGGGAUAACGGAGGGUGCGGCCUGAGGGCGCUAACCCUAGUUAUCAUUUGUGAAUUGAUGUAUGAUAUAAGUUGAUAUGUUUGGUAUGCUGAAUACUGGGUUAUUCUGAAUGCUUAAAUGGUUGAGAACAUGUUUAUGGAAUAUGUGAUAUUGAAUUGUCUGUUGAUUGCUUAUGCUCUGUUAUUGUGUUUUCUUGCUGGGCCUUAGCUCACGGGUGCUACGUGGUGCAGGUAAAGGCAAAGGAAAGUUAGACCAGUCCUGAGAUGGAGAGCUGCGAGGCUAAAUGUACAUAGUCAGCUGUUCGGUCGCCUUGGCCGAGGAGUGGAUCAGGACAGGGAUCGUUGAACUGUCUAUUUUGCCUUAGUAUGGCUAAUAUUGUAUUUAAUUUGUAAAUCUUUUGUAAGUGAUUUUAAUAUGAUCAUUUUUGGGAUCCCGUGUAAACAGGAAUUAAUAUAUAAAAGAAAUGCGACUUUUAAGACCAAAA